UGUGCGCAGCCGCUGUCGCCGACCACCUCCGCGGGGCGAGGCAGGAACCGCUCUCUCAGGGUGCGCGCGCAGCUCGGUGUGUGGCGGUUCCUUGUCGCGUCACAGGAUUCCGAACACCUGGCGGGCCGGAGAGGCCGCUUUUCCGCCCCCGCCCUGGAGUCUCCUGCACUGCAGAGCCCCCCGAGUCGGGGGCCCCGGACCCCAGGCCUGAGGAGGACUCAACCAGGACUUUCCAAAAGUUGCCGCGGGGCCUUCCGAUCCCCUCGGCCAUCUCCCAAGUCUGGCCAGGCUGAUGGGGCCAGUGAGGAUUCUCUGCACCUUGACCUUCAGAAGCUGAAGGAGAAGAAGGACAUGCUGGACAAGGAAAUCUCCCAAUUAAUAUCUGAAGGCUACAGCGUGGAUGAACUGGAGGACCACAUCUCCCAGCUCCACGAGUAUAAUGACAUCAAGGAUGUAGGCCAGUUGCUGCUGGGCAAACUAGCCGUGAUCCGAGGUGUCACCACCAAAGAGCUGUAUCCAGAAUUUGGCCUGGAUGUGAAUGACUGAGUUCACAGCCCUUUGUCCACGGCCCACUGGGACAGGCGGGUGUGGACAUAAGAAGCAGUGAAAGCCCAACCAGAGCACCUACAGGCUUUGCAGCGAGAAAGUGUCAGAAGCCCAGAGAAGAAGAGGGGCAGGAAAGAAGGAGUGUUCCCAGCUCCAAGGUUCCUGAAAUGUUCCAGUGAUACCUCUGUGUGUGUGUGUGUGUGUGUGUGUGUGUAUCCUAUUUGUAAAUAAACAUAUGAGUGAUCU